GAACUCUGAUGCCAAACCCACCACACUACAAACGACAAAAUUGACUUAUCGUUUUAUAUAAAAUCAAUGAUUAAACGCCAUUCUCAACAGCAAAAGGAAAACAGAAAAAAGCCCUCGUUUCCUUUCACUCUUUCGUUCUCUGUUUCUCCUUUUAAAACCCCCACUAUUGGUUUCUUUCAUCACCUCUCUUCCUACGGCUUCGCGGUCAUCCUCCUCAAUUCGUUCAAUUGGGUCACCAAUUCUCUACAAUUCUUUUAUUCCCUUCUUUUCGAGCUCUAAUUCAUUUAAUCUCGCCGUGAAUUUGAUUCUAGGGUUUGCGUAAGCUUAUAAUAGCCCUUUGAUCCGACGAAAUUUUCUCUAAAUUCCUUCUACCAUCAAUAUACCUCAUAUGCGACGAAUUUUUGUCCUUUAAGCUGAUAAAGGAAGUAGGGUUUUGCUCUGUUGUGAAGGAUCGGAUGUUCGAUGAAAUCAUGGUCGACGUCAAAGCGGAUUUCGAUAAAGAGUCGUGUUCGAAAUCAGUAAACGAGACAGUGAACGGGUCGCACCAGUUCACCAUAAAGGGAUAUUCUUUGGCGAAAGGGAUGGGAGCUGGGAAAUGCAUAUCGAGUGAUAUUUUCACGGUUGGUGGUUACGAUUGGGCGAUUUACUUUUACCCAGAUGGUAAAAACCCUGAAGAUAGCUCCAUGUAUGUUUCCGUUUUUAUUGCCCUGGCGAGCGAAGGAACGGAUGUUAGGGCUUUGUUUGAGUUGACGUUGGUUGAUCAGAGUGGAAACGGGAAGCACAAAGUGCAUAGCCACUUUGAUCGUGCAUUGGAGAGUGGGCCGUACACUUUGAAGUAUAGAGGGAGCAUGUGGGGUUACAAGCGUUUCUUUAGAAGGACGACCUUAGAAAAUUCUGAUUAUAUAAAGGAUGAUUGCCUACUCAUGAACUGUACUGUUGGAGUUGUCAGAACUCGUCUUGUAGGACCAAAACAAUGUUUUAUUACCAUUCCACCCUCAGACAUGGGCCAGGGCCUCAAAGAACUCUUGGAAUCUGAAGUUGGUUGUGACAUUGCUUUCCAGGUUGGGGAUGAAACAUUUAAAGCUCAUAAAUUGAUACUUGCUGCUCGCUCUCCAGUUUUCAGGGCCCAGUUUUUUGGACUUUUUGGGGAUCCUAACCUAGAUAAAGUAGUUGUGAAGGAUAUUGACCCCUCAAUCUUCAAGGCAAUGCUACUAUUCGUAUACACAGACAAACUUCCUGAUGUACAUGAAAUUACUGGCACGACGUCUAUGUGCACAUCCACCAAUAUGGUGCAGCAUCUAUUGGCUGCUGCUGACCUAUACAAUUUAGAUCGAUUGAAAUUGCUAUGUGAAUCGAAGUUGUGUGAGGAACUGAGUGCUGAGACAGUGGCGACGACGCUUGCAUUAGCUGAGCAGCAUCAGUGUUCGCAGCUUAGGGCCAUCUGUUUGAAAUUUGCUGCAACUCCUGCAAACUUGGGAGGUGCGUGUUGUUCUUAGCGGUAAUGCAAUCAGAAGGAUUCCGGCACUUAGAAGAAAGCUGCCCGGCAUUGUUGUGUGAGAUGCUGAAGACAUUUGCAUUAGGAGAUGAGAAUUCAAAUCAGUCAGGUCGGAAGAGGAGUGGGAGCAGCAUCUAUGGGCUAGAUCUAGCAACAGAUGGGGCUGCAGCAGAAUCAGUAAAUCCCAAUGCCAGGCGUUUGAGGAGGCGGUAUUAGAAUGUAUAUAUAGUUGCAUUGCAUGGAAGUGUUAGAUACUGUUAUCCUCUAAUCAAAGGAACUUAAAGAUAGUGGCUAUGGCGGAUUUUAGCUACUAUUAUAUUGUAUUUGGCUUUCAUGUGAUGUGUCCUAAAAUUGGAGGGAAGAAUUAUUUAAAAGCUUGUUUCUGUUUUGGAUACACAGAAAUUAGCUAAGGCCAACGAUGGAACUAACAGAGAAAGAAGAAAAUUACUCUCAGAGUUUAACAGGCUCUAUUUCUUUUUGUUUGGCACGAAAUGUGAAUCUUAGGCUAGUUUGAUUUUGCUAAACUAAAACAGGAUGUAAUCAGAAUUGUAAUAUAAUCUUGGUUUUUUAAAGUUCACU